CUGAUUCAAAUCUGACAGUUUAGUAGCAUUUGGAAGUUUGAAAGCCUCAGAUAGGCAAACACAACAUUAACACUGGGCGGCCUAACAGUACUCUACUUCAAGGUACAAACGAGGUGCUCAUCGCUUCAGCCCUAGAUAGAGUCUACGGAGAUUUUCCUUCAAACCAACCAUGCACGACGGCAGCGAUCAGACUUCCUCUGACAGUGAAACCACAUCGUCAUCAUCAUCACAUGAAACCACAGAGAACGGUACACAACAAGCCGAGGAAACCAGCGCAGCGAAACGCUUCAAAUGUCCCUUUGACAACUGCAACUACUCUAGCAACUGGAGGCGGUACUACAGGAACCAUCUCGCCUACAAACACGACGCGGAGGAAAAACCGUUCGCCUGCGCCACCUGCGAUUAUACAGCCGCCAGGCGAGACCAUCUGGAACUCCACGAACUCAUUCACACUGACUACCGCCCCAGGCCGUACAAGUGCCCCCAUUGUGACUAUGCUGCCAUGGCGAAAGGUACCCUAGCCACACACAUAGCCAGACACACCGGACACAAACCGUUCGCUUGUGGAGACUGUAGUUACAGAGCUGUGACAAAAUCGUUGUUGGAAAGACACAUACAGACCCACACGGGCGAGAAACAGUUCAAGUGCUCUGAGUGCGACUUCAGAACAGCAAGAUCGGCUUCAUUGCGGUCUCACAUGCUGAAACACACCGGUGAGAAACCGUACGUUUGUGAGGAGUGCGGGUUUAGAGCGGCAUACAGGGGAUGUUUACAGAAGCAUAUCAUGACCCACACGGGUGAGAAACCGUUCAAGUGCUCCCACUGCGACUACCGUUCAGCACAAAUGAAUGCGGUAAAAAAGCACGAGGCCAUCCACACCGGUAAUAAGCGAUACCUGUGUGACCAGUGCGGCUACAGGACGUCCAAUACGUCCAACAUGACCAAGCACAAGAUGACACAUAGCGGAGAAAAGCCCUACAGGUGUGAUGCGUGUGGGUACAGCUCUAACAACCGCUCCAACCUCAAGACACACAUGAACCAACACAAUCCUGACCAAAGCUGAGAACAAAAACAUAAAGUUAACGCCAUGUAAACACACACUUUUUGUCCUACUAUUACAAUAAGGCUAGCUAACGUCACAUUUUCAAACCGGGGCCCGGCCAGGUUGUUUCCGGAAACGAAAAAUAGGAAUGUACACGUCAAAAUAUCCACAAGUAAUGCCCAGUACCAUUCUCGUUUCGUCUUGUGCAGUUUGGUGUCUUUUGUAUCAUACUUUUCGUUCCCGAAAGCUGCCCAACUGGCCCCGGUUUGGAAACAAGACAUACCAGAAGUAUUCUGACGAUCCUUACUUAUAGUGUAAUGUGUAGAUCUACGAACAAUUUGAUCAGGUUGGGGUGGUAAAACACUGAAUGAUAAAUUAUUUUAUUCAGAACGAAGACAUGUACAUAUAGACAGCAUCAGUAGGUGUUUAAAUGACUGUAUGUUACCUUCCUCAGGGCAAUACUAACUGGACCCACAUGUAUGUCACACUGAUGCGAGACAUAGAUAAUUUCAAAUUCUUUAUUUCUAUUAGUCGAUAUCAACUUUUUAUAUAGCAAUACUUAACGUUUGGGACCGCAGCUACUCUUGUUAUCCGUAGUUCGUAGACUUUUGUGG